AUGAAAAUAAUUUUUGAUAUUGAGGACGAGUUCGGUAACGAUCAGCUACCAGUAACAAGCAGCUGUACAUUGAAUCGUGAUCGGUGGAGUAAUGGCACGAUUCGAAUGCCGAAUAGUUGGAAUGAUGUUACGAUACCGUUCAAUCAAAUCGAAUUCAAAAAACAAAGUCUCAUUGGCCGAGGACGUUUCGCUGAGGUGCAUAAAGCGAAUUGGUUUGGUGAUGUUGCUGUAAAAUUACUCAACAUGGAUCACGUCGAUGAAGAGAGACAAUUGGAGGCCUUUAAG